AUGGGCGUAACAGAGAUGGUCCAGGUAGAUGGUUCAGGGAGAUGGUCCAGGGAGAUGGUACAAGGAGAUGGUACAGAGAGAAUGUCCAGGGAGAUGACCAGUGAGAUGGCCAGAGAGGGUCCAGGGAGAUUCAGGGGAUGGUCCAGGGAGAUGAUGAGUCCAGGAGAUGGUCCAGGAGAUGGUCCAGGGAGAUGGUCCAGGAGAUGGGCCAGGGGAGAUGGUCCAGGGAGAUGGUCCAGGAGAUGGUCCAAUGGUCCAGGAGAUGGUCCAGGGAGAUGGUCCAGGGAGAGAUGGUCCAGGGAGAUGGUCAGAGAGGUCCAGAUGGUCAGGGAGAUGGUCCAUGGAGAUGGUCCAGGAGAGAUGGUCCAGGGAGGGGAUGUCCAGAAAUGGUCCAGGAGAUGGUCCAGGGAGAUGGUACAGGAGAUGGUACAGAGAGAUGGUCCAGGAGAUGGCCAGGGAGAUGGAGAGAGAUGGUUCAGGAGAUGGUCCAAGGGAGAUGGUCCAGGAGAUGGUCCAGAGAGAUGGUCCAGGGAGAUGGUAGAUGGUCAAGGAGAUGGUCAGAGAGAUGGUCCAGAGAGAUGGUCCAGGAUGAGAUGGUCCAGAGAGAUGGUACAGGAGAUGGAGAUGGUUGGUCAGGGAGAUGGUCCAGGAUAUGGUCCAGGAGAUGGUCCAGGAGAUGGCCAGAGAGAUGGUCCAGGAGAUGGUCCAGAGAGAUGGUCCAGGAUGAGAUGGCCAGAGAAGAUGGUCCAGGGAGAUGGUUCAGGGAGAUGGUUCAGGGAGAUGGUCAGGUAA